GAUCAUCAUCCAAUAUGGCGACUUCCACAGGACAAGAUGGAAAGGCUGUCUGUACCUCGGAUGCUGAUCUAUUACUGCACCCUGAGCUGCUGUCUCAGGAGUUUAUGCAUCUAAUUUUAAACGAGAAACAUGUCAGUACCAGAGGCAGUGAGAGUCGGGACCGGCUCACGGAGCUUUACCUCCGGCAUGUCAUGCCGCUACCGCAGAGGACUUUACCGAGCAGCCGCUGGGGAAAGAGGAUGGAGAAGACCCGAGCGAGGCUCACUCCGGCCGGCCACAGUUCCAGUAACGACCACAAUAGGAAAAGGCCUCUGAUUGUGUUUGAUGGCAGUUCCUCUCACUCUGGCCCACUAAAAGCAAAGAAACCAGAGGGAAGCACCAUGUCACCAGGAAUCACCGACAGGUUAAAACCUCCUCCCGCUGCAAACCUGUCCAACCCCAUCCGCAAGCUACCUGGAAACGCAUCUUCUUCUUCUUCCUCAUCAAUUCAUUGCAGCACUGACGCAGCAAACCUCAAACGAGAAGCGAACAACUCGGGUGCCAUGAAGUCUCCAGAGGUAAAGAAAAAGAUCCAGCAUGUGACAUGGCCCUAACGUUGGUGGUUUAAAGCUCAAAAACCAUGCCAGAUCACAAUGGUAUCUAACAGGGAGAGUGCCACCAACCAGUCAAAACGAGUAUUUGAAAAGCCAGCUGUCGAAGAUGUCACAUGAACUGCGAUUAGGAUUUACCAGCGUAAAGCCAGCAAUGUGAGUACAUAUGUACUUACAGCUAGUAAAGCCUGUUGUACAUGAUGGCCCCGGCCCCUGAGCUACAGUCAGAGUACAUCGGCUGUUGAGGCUGGUCAAAACAAAUAGUAUAUUGAUUGAUAAUGUGAUCCAGCUGAGGUAAAUGGCAAAUAUUAGCCAUAAAUUCAUGGGUUUUUGUAGAUCACAUGGAAGAAGAUCAGCUUCUUGUGUUGCCCAGCUUUUAUGUUUUUAAAGAGGCCUAUAAAAUCCAGCAUUACAAGGCUCUGAUAGUACAAAGGGCACAAAAGGGAUCCUUUGUAGAGAUUCCAUUUGCUGUCACUUUGCCUAGCAAAGCCUUAAAUAUGACUGCACUCUGACUCCUUACAAAUCUGGCUUUGCUAUGUUCUGCUAGAGCACCAGGGGCACAACAUUUCGAGGCUGUAAGCAAUUCCUUUUGCUGCCAUCAGAGGGCAGCUCUCCCAGUGCUCCUUUUUGACUCCUUCCAUAUCUUGCUUCAAUAACAUCUUGCAAAUCUGGUCUAUGAAAUCUGGCUUUACUAGUAGAUUAUUUUUUGGAAUUCUGAGUGGACUACAGCAUUCAAUCCCACUGUCUUGAAUUUACAACAACACACAUCUAACAUAACCCAGAUCACUAGGGUUUUCUCUGUAUCUAUUUCUCUGUAUGGUGGAGCUGCGUUAAUGCAAGUUUUCCUCAUAAAGCUGGAUUUAACUAUCACAACGAACCCAGGUAUGAAUAAUUCAGUGGGGGUCAGGUCAGGGACAUGACCUCUGACCCCUACUCACACAGACCUGAUGGGAGCUCAGGCAUUUCCCCUCCCACUAAAUGUUUCCCACUGCUUGCACUCUCACCAUCACAUCUAUCUCACUAAUUACACCACAAAAUAACUGAAUACCCUUUAACUGUUGUGUCAAGGCCACCUCAUAGCUCUUGUUCAGUCCUGAGAGCUGACCAGAUGGGGUGGUACUCUGAGGUUUGUCCUGUAUUUAAAAAUACGAGCUUCCUUGUUGCGUUCCACAACCUCAAGUGCCCUUAACAUUGAUGAUCAGCAACUGCCCUCAAGUCCCACAAAGAGAGACCUUCUAGGGGACAAAAUAAGGAAUGCUGCUUUUGUUUUCUGAAAUACCAUGUAUGGGAAUUAUGGUUGUUGAUAUUCUGUUUCUGUGUACAGGUUUGUUUUGGUCAGAGGGCCUCCAGUACUAAUUGUGCUAAGUGGUUGUGCUAGAGAUGGGCAUUUUAUCCAUUUGAUUAAUUAAUUCUAAUUUCUGGUGUAGGACAAUGUUUAAAACACAAAAUACAUUUUUACUCUAAUUUGGGCAAAUAUUGUGCAGAACCACCAGUGCUUACCUUUUUUACCCCUUUUUCGAUAAACACAAACCUAGUUCUAGUUCUUGUGCUGUGCUGGCGCUGGUUUGCAGUUGGUUCGACUUGCGAACCUUCUCAGAACCUGUUUGCUUUUCCAUAGGCUAUAGAGCCACAUCAUUACGUCACUGUAUAUCUGUAUAUGACUCUGUUUUUCCAGAAAAGCUAGUGCCAACUUAAAGCGUGCAAUGCAGAGCAAUAACUUACUGCUAGGAGACAGUUUGUCUCCUCCAUGGACUGCUGCUUUGAUUUAACGUCUUGUUGGUCAUGAUAAUCCCGUCAUGAGCCCCUUGUGUAUUCAGUUCGUGGUUCGAGACUAACAACCACUUUGGUGCCACUUUGGAACCGGUUCUCCUGGCCGAGAACCAGUUCUUUGGACGUCGAAACAGGAAGAAUUGGUUCCAGAUUAGGCACCAGCUCUGAAUCAACCUUGAACUGCCUUGGUCAAAAAGGGGUAUUGGUUCAUCCCAAGUUUAUUGUAUUCUUCAGUCACAGCUAAAAUAUCUACAUGGCUACAAAGAAGUGGUUCACUUUUGCAGCUUACUGGAGGACCUUUGAAAAGGAAACAAACCACAAAUUAUGUUGAACUGUCAUUUUUGAAAGUGUGUGUUCGAAGCGAUAGUAGCUGUAAAUUUUCCUCUCAACGAACUCUAUUCCACUUGUGUUCACAAGUUGUUCAGGUUUUUUUACAUAGUAGUGUAGCCUGGUAUUACCAUUUUCUACAGCUAGAUCAUGAGCUAUUGCUAAAUAACCAUUUUCACACAGAACAGGCGUAUAACUCACAGUAACAUAUUUGAGCAUUUUUUCAUAAUUCAGACAAAAGGAAAGGAAUAUGGAAUAACCCAGGAAUAUUUCUUUUGAAUAUUUAUUCUCAAUUGUGUGUGAAAUUACUUUGUAUUUAAUGUAUUUGACUCGAUGAAGACUCACAAAAAUUUUGAAUCCAUUGUCAAAUCCAGUGUCAUGUUUGUACCAACAUUUUUAAAAAAUAAAUUGUGUCAAUGCAA